AUGGACACAGAGUCACGAGAUGCCAUUCAGAGUGCUGACCCACCAUCUCCUGUACACCGACAGUGGCCAAAGGACUUUUUUGGAAUCGACUCUGAUGACUCUGACUUUGACACCCUUAACCUAGCAGAGGUGUAUAGAAAAAUGGAAAGCAGAGUCCAUGUAUUAGUCAUUCCCUACCCUAUCCAGGGUCACCUUAAUCCCAUGCUCCAAUUCUCCAAACGCCUAGCCUGCAAAGGAGUUAAAGUUACUCUGCUCACCAUCUCCUAUGGAGAGUACUUGAGAGAUAAGCAAGCAGGCUCAGUUACUGUUCAAACAAUUGCUGAUGAUCAAGAAGAAAAGAACCGUAGUAUGAAAGACCAUCUCAUAAAAUUCCCAGACCUUUUGUCUCGAAAAUUGCCUGAAAUCGUUGCAGAACAACGUAACCAUGGCUAUCCUGUAAGUUGCCUUGUGUAUGACGCAUUAUUGACAAGGGUUCUAGAGAUAGCUAAACAGCUAGGCCUCCUUGGAGCUUCAUUCUUCACUCAGUCGUGUGCUGUUGGUACAAUCUAUUGUAGCAUCCAUGAAGGGAAGCUGCUUAUUCCUGUAGAAGGUCCAUCAGUUCUACUUCCAGGGCUGCCACCACUUUUGAUCUGUGACCUGCCUUCUUUCGUUUCUGACUUGGAACAUUAUUAUCCAGGUGCAUUAGAAAUGGUGACUGGUCAGUUCUCAAAUGUUGAGAAAGCGGAUUGGAUCUUUUUUAAUACCUUCAAUAGCCUGGAAAUAGAGGUACUGAAUUGGUUGGCAAAAAAAUGGCCAAUCAAGCCAGUUGGACCAACAAUUCCUUCAAUGUUCUUAGAUAAGCGAUUGGAGGAUGACAAAGAUUAUGAUCUCAGCCUCUUAAAGCCCAAUUCAGACGCUUGCUUGAAGUGGCUAGACUCGAAGAAGCCAUGCUCAGUUGUUUACAUAUCAUUUGGGAGCCUGUUAGCCCUUGGAGAAGACCAAAUGGCAGAACUGGCCUGGGGGCUACAAAGAAGCGACACCUGCUUCUUAUGGGUAGUAAGAGAAUCAGAAAUCAAAAAGCUUCCAAACAACUUCGUAGAGGAGACUAUAGAAAUGGGACUAGUCGUCACAUGGAGUCCUCAAUUGGAAGUUCUAGCUCACAAGUCUGUGGGAAGUUUUCUAACUCAUUGUGGGUGGAACUCAAUACUGGAGGCAUUGAGCUUGGGAGUGCCAAUGGUGGCAAUGCCACAGUGGUCGGAUCAGCCAACCAAUGCCAAGUUUGUUACCGAUGUUUGGCAGGUGGGAGUUAAAGUGAAAGCAGAUGAAUAUGGGAUUGUCACUAAAGAAGAGAUAGAAAGAUGUGUACGAGAAGUCAUGGAAGCAGAAAAAGGAAAUGAGAUAAGGAAGAAUUCUGAGAAAUGGAAGAAACUAGCCUGCAUGGCCUUAGAUGAAGGUGGAGACUCUGACAAGAACAUUGAGGAAUUUGUAACAAAACUUGUCUGCAAUGCUAAUAGUUGAAUAAACGUUAAAUUAACUGCCAGGAUCAGAACCUGAGAGAGUUUAGAAUAAUAAUCAUAUCUGAUUUUGGAUUUA